UAGACCCAAUAUGGGCCCAACGUAGGACGGACAUCCUUACGUCAAAUUUACGAGGGGGCAGUCCUAUUCUCCUGUCUUCAUGCUUCGUGGAAGGGACACUAACCGCGAGGCAGGACUUCUAGCAGCAGUGGCCGUGCGGUGCACUUUACUUCUAUUCCAACUGACUUGGCGGCUAGGCACUCCUCCGUAAGCCCAUUUGGGCCGUGCUUGCUUACCGACAGGUCGUGGAUCCAGAGGACGCUGGCCCUGGCGGAGAAUGGCGAUGCGGAAUUCCGGGUAUUAAAGCGACCGCCUCAUACCCGACAGCCCUUCGAGCUGGACCCUGCCACCCCGUUUUCACUGGCGAAUGACAUGGCUCGUCGAAGCAGUAGCCUGGUAGCCACUCUUGGAUACGUGCCACAACGGAGAUGUGGUCAGGGCGAGAGAUUUAAGGAAGAGAAGUUGUCGGCAGUCUCAACUACAGCACAACCAGCGCGAUAGAGCUGUGGAUAUACAAUAGCACAAUGAAUUUACCAACACUCCCGACCUUGACCGACAUCGAAGUUUCGUCUCUAGUUCAGGAGUUCAACAGCCUGCCCCGCCGUCAUAUCGUCCCUUCUGGCCCAGAGCCUAACAAGUGGGUUUUUGGUCUGCACGUCGUCCCUAUACCCCCAGCAGGCUACCUGCUGUUCAUCGUCAACCCCGCCUCGGGUAUAGUCCAAGGCGAAGGCCCUCUGCCCAUUGAAACGAGACCUUUAUCUACCAGCGAGCAGCGCGACCGUGGCCGCAAAAUUGCGAUCCUCCUGCUAAAGGCCUUCGUAUCGAAACUGGGUAGGACGGACGCACCAGAGUAUUACAAGGUUGCCCCCUGGGAGUGGGUAGCGGAGGACACACAACUUGCUGCGUCCGUCAGUAGUGCUCUGCAAGCUCUUGGUGUGCGUAGUGAGUUGUGCGAUGUAGGAGUUGCAACGGAGCAGGAAAGGGACAUUACUACAGGGCGUUUUGCUGGAUUCUUGGAAGACCUGGUGCGCACGAUGCGGGCUGCUAGAGAGUCUACGUGACUACCAUAUCUUCAAUUGACUUUGGAUUUUCUACGCUUCAAAGUUUGUUUUGUGCCAGUUCAGUGGUGGUUAGGUCGUGGAUAUCGCUUCAUAUGUCCUGCUCCUUUCCCUACACCGUCAGAAUGGCCUCUAGCAAUAUAUAUUCACACCACCC